CUUUCUGGGAUGGGUUCAGACUGGGAGACGCUGAGCAUUUGUCUUCCUCUUUCAGCCCAAGCCUACAUCUGGGGCAAGAUGGGAGCCUAGAAGAAGGUAGGGCCUGGGCAUUUUCCUCUGCAGAGAGACUUCUGCCAGGAGAGGGUGAGUCAGGGCCAGCGGCUGAGAGAGACUUGAUCCUGGGGCCUGAUUAAAUGACUGGCCUCAGUUUUCCUUCAGGCCUGUUUCCAGUGCUGAGAAAGUGGUACUGCUCUCUCACCUUGCUAAUGAAUUCUAUGAAGGGAGACCGGCCUUGUCGCAGCCUUCUGGAGGUGUGUACUGAAGUUUAAAAUGCGUUGAUUUAAGGAAAUUAAACCAGUAAAAAUUAAGGAGAUGGCUUGUUAGAAACUAAAGUUUUGAGAACCUCACAUGAGGACGGGGACUUGGUUGCCUUUUCCAGCGACGAGGAAUUGACGAUGGCGAUGUCAUAUGUGAAGGAUGACAUCUUCCGUAUUUACAUUAAAGAGAGGAGGGAGUGCCGGCGGGACCACCGCCCCCCAUGUGCUCAGGAGGCACCCCUCAACAUGGUGCACCCCAAUGUGAUCUGUGAUGGUUGCAACGGUCCAGUGGUGGGGACCCGGUACAAGUGCAGCGUCUGCCCUGACUACGACCUGUGUGCAAGCUGCGAGGGAAAGGGCAUGCACAAGGAGCACAGCAAGGUCGCCUUCCCCAGCCCCUUUGGGCAUCUCUCUGAGAGCUUCUCUCACAGCCGCUGGCUCCGGAAGCUGAAACACGGGCACUGUGGAUGGCCUGGCUGGGAGAUGGGCCUCCCUGGGAACUGGAGCCCACGUCCUCCUCGGGCAGGGGACGCCCACUCCAGCCCUACAGCAAAAUCUGCUUCUGGCCCACCGGAGGACCCCAGUGUGAAUUUCCUCAAGAACGUAGGGGAGAGCGUGGCAGCCGCCCUCAGCCCGCUGGGCAUUGAAGUCGAUAUUGACGUGGAACAUGGAGGGAAAAGAAGCCGCCUGACCCCGGUCUCUCCAGGCAGCUCCAGCACAGAGGAGAAGUGCAGCUCUCAGCCAGGAAGCUGCUCUGACCCCAGCAAACCGGAUGGAGUCAUGGAAGGAGCAACACAGUCUCUGGAGGAGCAGAUGAAAAAGAUAACCCUGCAGCCGGGUGCACAGCCUCAGGAACAGAUGGAGUCUGAUAACUGCUUGGGAGGAGACGAUGACUGGACUCACUUGUCUUCAAAAGAAGUGGACCCGUCUACAGGUGAACUGCAGUCUCUACAGAUGCCCGAAUCUGAAGGGCCAGGCUCUCUGGACCCUUCCCAGGAAGGACCCACAGGGCUGAAGGAAGCUGCGGUGUACCCACAUCUACCACCAGACGCUGACCCCCAGCUCAUCAAGUCCCUCUCCCAGAUGCUGUCCAUGGGGUUUUCUGAUGAAGGCGGCUGGCUCACCAGGCUCCUACAGACCAAGAAUUACGACAUUGGGGCUGCCUUGGAUACCAUCCAGUAUUCAAAUCAUCCACCGCCCUUGUGACAGUUUUGCUCACCUGUUCUCUGUUUCCCUUCUUGUCUCAUAGUUGUGUUAAGCUAGUGUAGAACCCCAGCGCUCUGGUUUCUCUGCAUUCUUCUUUCAGAAUUGGGGGGUGGGAAUGCAUGAAGCCAUUUAGGGCAGUAGGACGAGUGACACGAGGAAGGAGUUCCAAAUGUGAUGAUAUCUGAAGAGUGUUUACCAGCUUCCCUCGAGUGCCCAGCUUCUUGCAGCCAGGGUGGGGUGGGAGGUAUCCCAGGCAGAGCGAGGCUCCUGGGGAGAACGCUAGGCCACCCUGCGCAUUGUGCUCUCUGCCCGCCAGGAUCACACCAGCAGUCCAGAAGACAUCUUGCCUAAUGGCGUUCUGCUUUUUCUUUUUUGAAAUGACUAAUAGUACACUGACAUGUAGUUGAUUUCCUGCUAGAAACCCGAUAUACUCUGAGUUUAGCCGGAACACAGCCAGCAUCCCGUCCAGAGGGAGGAAGCUGUCUUGGAGCAAGUACUGGAGGGCAGGAGAGCCCAGCACAGGCUUCGGAUCUGGGAACAGAAAGGGCUGACGGGAACCGGUGGUGGUCACUGAACACUGCCUGUUUCAUAACCAUUAUAGUCAUCUCUUUUCCAAAUCUGUCACCUGCUUUUAAAGUAAAGAUCCCCUUGUAGUUGUUCUGUUAGAACAUCUGUAAACCAUCUGUAAUUAAAUGGUAUAAGCACUUUAA